AUGACAUGGAAUGAGUAUCGAUUCCACAGGUUCACCAAGUCCUGUGGCACGAGUCGGCGAGAGGCGCUUGAGUCUUGGGGGCAGAUGGGCACUGCCGACUUGCCACUAUCCACGCAUCAACGGCAACCGGAAGCCAGCGGCCUUCCUUUGUCAGAUCGUCCCGGGCCAGAUGGUCGGCUGUAUCUGUGA